AUGAACUACGGGAAACCUUUAUACCAACUGCCGUUGUCUGAGAGAUGGCUACUAGUCAUAACUGAUCGUGGAUUUAAAUUCUACUUUGACAAGGACCAUGUGGCAUCCGUUUGGGAAUUGCCAAAUGAGUGUGUCAGCGAAAUGCAAGAACUAAAGAAUAAAAGAAAGCAGGUACUUUUAUUACUUGGAGUCGCUAGGGGCGCACAAAUCACAGACAAGGAAGCUGAAGACCUGAACGAGCUUCUUCAUGGCGUAAGACACCCAGUUAAACAGAUUGAGGUUGUCAGCUCUGAAGAUGAAGACGGUGAAUCCGAGAAAAUAGAUGAUAAGGAUGAGCUGUCGCCGAUACAACGACAUACAUCAGACAGCACAGGAAUAAUGCUUGGUUACGAGUCCGACACUGAGGACGGUAGUGAAUUGGAAGACCCGCAGUUGGAAAAAAAGGAACAGAGUCCGGAAAUUCAAAGCCAAUUGUCUGAAGUUCAGAAUCAGGUUUCCAAUUUAUCCGACCAGGAGUCAGCUGACUCAUCAUCAGAGGAAGACUCGUCCGCAGGCCUAAACCUUUCAGAUUUGGAUGAUUAUGAGGAAAGCUCCUCAGAAGUAGCGGAACGAUUCUACAACAUGUUAACCCGCUACGAGGUGGACCCUUAUUCCUCCUACGACCUCGAGUGCGAUAAAUUUAUGAACGAUCCAAUUUAUUUUGAAAUAGAUGAUGAUGAAAAACGAAGGUCAUUAUUUGACCAAUGGUGUACACAGGUCGCUCGGUCGAACAGCAACAUUGAUCCUAUCACGAGGGCGGUGAUAGAAUUCUGCAAAUUGCUCAUCGACAACGACGUCAAAUUGAAUAAUUAUCUGGAGUUUAAGCGCAAAUUCAGACAAUCCCCUGAAUUUCGGGGGUUGGAGUCAGACAAGUUGCGCAACAAGAUUUUCAACAAAUACAUCGAGUUCCGAAAAAGCGACCAUAUAGCGUUUGUGCUUCACGCGCUUAGAAAAAGCGGGAAACUUAUAGUUCUUGCUCGUAAGCUGGAAAGCAAAAGGCCUCAAAACCUGCUCGAUGCUCUCCGCGAAUCAAACUUUAAUAUCAACCGGGAAAUCGUGGAGUUCAACUUCCUAGACCAACAACAACAAUCCACGGCACUAGAACAAUUUCUAGCUAAUUUAUAA